UUCCUACACAGUUUGGAAAAGAAUGGAAUAAUUUCCAGGUCUGGAUAAGUAUGGAAAAAAAGAAAACAGAGUAUGGAAAAUAUCUGUGCUUCCAGACUAUUGCCCUGUUUUCCUAUCCUAUUUUACAGACUUUCUAAAAAUUAAUGUAUCAUACAAGAGUGUUUUCAUGGCAAAAAUUUAGUGAUUGUUGAACAUGACUGAGUGAAUUCAAGGUGCACAUUUUCAUUAUGCAAAACUUGUCUUUAUCAUAAGUCUCUUUUGAACUUCACUAAACAAAUGUGUGUGCCACCCAAACCAGCAACAUAUAAAGGAGCAAAUGAUCAUCUAAAUCAGACCGUACUUUGCUGAUUGGUGAUUGCAACAUCAAACCACGUUUACAGUGUCAAACUGAUGUGUCAGAGGUAAAUAUAUGCAGGUUAUAAAGCAGAGAAAAUAAAACUAUUUACAGAUAACUAAAAUAAUGCUGUAUGAACCAUUUAUGCUAAUGAGGUCUGGAAAUUUGUGUAUGGAAUUUUGAAAUGGAAAAUGUGAAUAGGAACCCUGAUAAUUAGUCCUUUGCUUUUGGAUGAUGUUCCCACCACUUUUGAAUUCUAAUAAAUUCCUUUUUUAUUUGUUUAAUGAAGUGAGGCCAUAUUUAGUUUUAGAUUAUUAUUAUUUUUUUUAAAUCAAAGAUAAACUUUACAUUUUAAAUAACAUUUUUAUUAUUUGUUGUUUAUCUAUUUAUGUAUUUGCUUUUUCUGUUUUUCCCACUUUCCAAAAAGGUUCCCCUGUUAGAUUGGAAGGUGUGACACCUGUUUGGUUGCCUUUAAAUUUAGCAAAAUUUCACAUACUAUCUCAUCUCUCACCAUGAAUAGUAGCUGUGAUGCUAAAUUAUUUUAAAACAAACAAACAAACAAAAAAAAUCCAGUCAGUUCCCAAUGGAUAAACUGACUCAUUGUUCCUCAUUAAAUAUCUUUUUUCACUUGGAAAUAUUCACAUUAUUGAUGUAGAAUGAAGGCUGUGUCAUGUUUGUUAAGGUCUGAUCAUGCUGACUGAUUGGUGAACUAUUAGUCAAAGGCUGAAAAUGACCUCAACGAGCUAAAAGCAUUGAUGCAUUCACCCAACGCUAUUGUGCGGAUGAAGUUUCUGCUAUUACAGCAGAAGUAUCUGGAGUAUUUGGAGGAUGGAAAAGUUCUGGAAGCUCUGCAGGUGUUGAGAGGAGAGUUGACUCCACUCAAAUACAACACGGAUCGAAUCCACGUGCUCAGCGGGUAUCUGAUGUGCAGCCAUGCUGAGGAUCUGAAGGCAAAGGCUGAAUGGGAGGGAAAAGGCGCUGGAUCACGAUGUAGAUUACUGGACAAGCUCCAGACGUACCUGCCCCCCUCUGUAAUGCUGCCUCCUCGGCGGCUGCAGACGCUGCUCAGACAGGCCGUGGAGAUGCAGAGAGAUCGCUGCCUUUAUCACAACACCAAACUGGACUCCAGUCUGGACUCUGUGUCCUUACUGCUGGAUCACGUCUGCACCAGGAAACAGUUUCCCUGUUACACACAGCAGAUCCUCACAGAGCACUGCAAUGAAGUCUGGUUCUGCAAGUUCUCCAACGACGGCACUAAACUCGCCACCGGCUCGAAGGACACAACUGUCAUCAUCUGGCAGGUGGAGCCGGACUCACAUCAGUUGAAGCUCUUACGAACUCUGGAGGGUCACGCGUACGGUGUGUCGUAUCUUGCCUGGAGUCCCGAUGAUGUUUACCUGAUCGCCUGCGGUCCAGACGACUGCUCUGAGCUCUGGCUGUGGAACGUUCAGACAGGAGAACUGCGAACAAAGAUGAGUCAGUCUCAUGAGGACAGCCUGACCAGUGUCGCAUGGAACCCUGACGCCAAACGCUUCGUUACAGGAGGACAGAGAGGGCAGUUUUACCAAUGUGAUCUAGACGGAAACCUAUUGGAGUCGUGGGAAGGCGUGCGUGUGCAGUGCCUCUGGUGUAUGAACGACGGCCGGACUGUUCUCGCUUCUGAUACGCACCAGCGAAUCCGUGGAUACAGUUUCGAGGACCUAACAGACAGAAACAUAGUUCAGGAGGAUCAUCCUAUAAUGUCUUUCACUGUUUCUAAGAAUGGAAGAUUAGCUUUGUUAAAUGUAGCAACUCAGGGCGUUCAUCUCUGGGACCUACAGGACCGUGUGUUGGUCAGGAAGUAUCAGGGUGUGACACAGGGUUUCUACACCAUUCACUCCUGCUUCGGUGGACACAACGAGGAUUUCAUCGCUAGCGGUAGUGAAGAUCAUAAGGUAUAUAUUUGGCACAAGCGCAGCGAGCUGCCGAUUGUGGAGUUGACGGGACACACGCGCACAGUGAACUGUGUCAGCUGGAACCCGUGUAUUCCCAGUCUUAUGGCCAGCGCUUCUGACGACGGCACAGUCCGUAUCUGGGGACCCGCACCCUUCCUGGACGCACAAGAGCUGGACGGCCUCAAUGAGAGUUGCAGCAGUAUGGACAGUUGAUGGCAGCCCUGGAACAGACGGCUUCUUAAUACGAGAAAUAUGCGAAAUCCAACAGAGAAAAACACGAUUACAGCAUUGCCCUCCUCCACAACGACACACACGAGUGCAAACGUGAAAGAGAUUCAGAGCCUCGCCUUCAGGAGUCCGGAGGCAGCAGAGACCCCUGACGCUGAUCUGCCUCCAUAGCGACCCGCUUCCAUAACGACGGAUCUGAUCUCUUUCCCUCCGCGGGAUUCCCGUGUUUCCACAUUAGAUGCCCCCCAUCAGGCUCGAGCGCCUGGGUGGGUGACCAGGGUUCGGCCGGGUGUAUAAACUCACACUCAAUGUUUUUCUCUCGCUCUCAAUCCUCCAGCGGCAAAGGACAAAACACUUUUUUUAAAAGAAAUACUAGUCCUAGCAAUUCUCUUUUGUUCCUUUAGCAGUCGAUCAGCUUGGGCUUUAGUGUUGAUGAUGGAGUGCUGUAGAUUUUCUGUUUUUUUUUUUUUUUUUUUUUUUUUUAAUCUUUCAGAACACAAUUGCAUUUGUUUCCACCGGGCCCACGUCACACAUCAGCAGGGGUCUGUUUGAGUUUGAGUGUUCGUCUCAAACUCUGCUUCGGCCUCCCUCCUGUAGCACAGCCGUGUGUGUGUGUGUGUGUGUGUGUGUGAGUGUUCAAAUGUGCCUGAAGUUGGUGUACGUUCGCAUGUGGCACUGUUUUCACACCAGUGUGAGUGUGUCCCCUGUUUAGCUGUAUUAAUAAUUUUAACAGAAUCUGAUCCAGUCCCCAGAGACCUUCAUCUGUGGAACAAAAACUUGACAACCAUUUUGUAUCUUUUGUUUUGUUGUUUUUUUUAAAGAAAGCUAAUAGCGAAGUUCCUUGUUUUCACCACUUACCUUAGAGGUGACGUUCAGGAGAGAGACUUUGUCAUAUUAGUACGAAAAAAUUGAACGGAAACGUGACUUUGAGAGCGAAAUGCACGUUCUUCUUACACAGAACGUACGUGAAAACGUGCCGACAGCUUUAAACAGAAAAGAUACUGUGACACUCAAACUGUCAAUCAGAUAUUUGGCUCCUCAUGAGGAGUUUGUGGCGUAUAAAUGACCUAUGCAGCAACAUUUGAGCUGAGAGCCCCGAUAUAAUGUUUCUUGCAGCAGCCAUACCAGCAUUAAAAUAAACCGUCUCCGACCGUACUACAUAUCCACAACGAUUUCAUCCACACGAAAGCUCUGCCUGUACGUUAGUUCAGUUAAACCCACAAGGUCAAGUUCCCUGAUCUGAGCUGUUUACACCAAAUAUCGAGCAUUUGAGUCCCCCUUUUUGGAGAGAAAUAAAUAUUUGCUAUGGACUGAUAUUAAAUGUUUGAAAAGAAAUGCUUUUCUGCCUGUUUUUAUGGAAGUUUUUGUUACUUUUUUGGUUUACAAUAUUUCAAUUUUUUUUUUUUUUUUUUUUUUUUUUUUGGUUGACUAUCUCUGUAUCAUUAUAUUAAACUAUAACCAGAUACAUUGUCUCCUCUUUUUUUUUUAAUCUUUUAUUUAAGCAUUAUUAGCAUUCUUUCCAUUUUAAAAAUAUAUAUUAUUACAUUAACCAUAGUUUUAUUGGCAUCCACAUAUGCUUUCUGCAGUCAUAAGAUGGUGCUAAACGCCCCGGCCUUUGCCUCGCAGUUGGAAGUUCAAAUGGAUAUCCAGAUUAUUUCACAAUCUUUUCUAGACUUGCAUCAAAAACUUUAUUAUAAUAAAAUUUUUAAGGGUUCAGCCUCGCCAACUUUAUGAAUCUUAACAGCUUGGGCGCUAAAGCGCUGCGUGAAAUUCGUUAUAAAAGCAAUUGUUUGAGAGCACUUCAUAGAUGAUUUUGUUCCAAUGACUAUUUCAGUCAUUAAAGAUUUGUAAAAUGGAUUUUGAUAUGGCUUCAGUGAAAUCUCUUUGAAUUGCUCAGCAACAUCUGCCUGUUUUGGUUUUCAUUGAAUUUUGCCUGUUUACUUGAGGACCAUUUUGUGCCAUAAGCAAAUAAAAAUCGAAUAAAAUCUCAACAAUAAUUGGUCGCUGCUUGGACCAGGCUGAUGCUUGUGCACUGUGACACAUCUUUGCUGUUGAUUUAGCUGAUCUGAGAGCAGUUUGUCAGUUUCUUUGGCUGUUCCUCAUUGUUUUAAAGAACUAAAAACAAGCCUGCUCAUUACAGCGGUGGACAUACUGUUAAUGCAUUUGAUGAUGAUGAUGAUGGGGGUAGUAUUGUUACUCUUGUACAGUGGGGUUUGUGUUCUCUACUAACCAUAUGCAAGAGGGUCUCUCUUUUCCAGCUAGCUGCAGGUGUGUUGCUCUCAUGUUUGACUGUGAAUCAGAUGUGUGAGAGGUUUUCGUCAUAAUAACUGCUCCUGUACGAAGGGCAUCCAUUUGCAUUAAAUGUGUUAUUUCAAAAGUGAUUGUACUGUUUUGUAUUGUUGUGUAGGAAAUGUGUUAUGUAUGCAUAUUUUCAAUAAAGCAUUCAGGGUUUUGAAACAUAA